AUGGCUUCCAGAAGACAAGUACCAGCAUCAUAUGGACGGUCACUACAAGCUCCGGGGAUGGCGCUUCAGGAAGAAUUGCAAGCUGGCCGCCGCCGCAUUGAUCCACGUGCUCAGGCUGCAGAGCUAGAACAACUUGCUGGAGACCAUCAUCGGUUGGCAGCUACAUAUGUUGCCUUAAAGCAGGAUCUUUCUGCUGCUCAUCGAGAAGUAGAGAAAAUCAAAGAACAUAUAAGAAGUAGUCGAACGGAAAGUGACAUCCAGAUCCGGUUGUUGCUUGACAAGAUUGCUAAGAUGGAUCAGGUGGACCUAAGAACCGUUGAGAGUUCGAGGAAGGAUGUGGAAGAGGCCCGUUUGGAGGCACGAGAAUUGGUAACAGCUAAUAUGGAACUGAGCGGGAAAAUACAUCACGUUAUGCAGGAAUUGGAAAAAGCUCGUGCAGAUGUCAAGAAGCUACCUGAGAUGCAUACUGAACUUGCUACCUUAAAGAAAGACCACCAGAUGCUGCGUAAGACCUUCCAGUAUGAAAAAGGUUUAAACAUAGAAAAAGUUGAGCAAAUGAAACUUAUGGAGAGAGACUUGAUUGACAUGGCCAACGAAGUGGAGAGAUUGCGUGCUGAGGUGUUAAAUGCCGAGAAAAGAGCUCAAGGUUUUGAUCCUUAUGGUCGCCCCUACAUGAAUUCAGAUCCCAUGUAUCCCGCUCCUCCUAUGCAUGUAACAGCCCUCGUAGACGGUUAUCAGAGACCUCAUAUUCCAGGGGCGCUUGGUGCUAUGGGAGAUGGAAUGUAUCCAUAUGCUCAGGGCGGAUCGGGAACUCCACCUCUCCCUGUUACUGGUGACAAUGUUGCAUGGAGAGGAAGUCAUGAUGCUCCACAAGCCAGGAGCUGAAUUUCCUGCUCUGUGUAGUUUUGGUCUGCUUGGAUGAGUUGAAUCUUCGAUAUGUCACCCAGUUCUGCAUAAUCCAAAUUUACUAGUGCAAUUCUUUUCGUGUAUAACUUAAGCGGGUUUUAGUAGCUCUAAAUUCUAAGGUAAGAUUUGCAAGCUUGCAUAGGAUGCUUAUGUAGUUUCAUUAGAUUAUAGCUUCCAACAGAGUUGUACAUUUUCCAGUAUGUGAACUAGUUUUGCCUGCACAUCAAAAUGGAAUGUUCCUUCCAUUUUUAUACUUGGAGCCUUUAAGAGGGUUGUUAAGGAUGAAUGUUUUGCUGUUUUAUUGCUCACCAAAAUGAACAGUUUGAUUUUGGGUUCAGA